GGGAAGCUGCCGAAGCCGUGGAUAUUCAUGAGAACGGCAAGUGUUUUCUUUUUUUCUCUCUCUCUCUCGCUGUGUUGAUACACUGCAAUGUCCACAGACAAACAGACAGACAGACAGUGAGACAGACAGAGCAGGAAACUGACAAGUGGAAGGAAGACUGAGCCCGGCCCAUCUUGCCAUUGAUCUUCAGACCGAUCAAGGAAGAUGGAUUCGAUUAUGGAUGCUGGGAAACCAAACCAGGAGUGGAAUAUUUAGAGUUCCCAGAUGAGGCUGUCUCAUCCACAAAGUCUUGUCAGUCAUUCUUUGGAUCCAAGUAACCUACAUGAAACCUACAUGAAACAGGAGGGACCUGGUAUGAAGUCUUCUGUAAUCGCUUUGGAUGCCUAACUGUUGGGAAAUUACAUUUUUUUCUGGAAUCAGUUUACUACUGGGAAACAUGCAUAAAGUGCUCCAAGUCCGUUAAACACUCCAGGGGACUUGGAGAAAGGUUUUCCUCUGCAGCGUCAUCAUGAAUUCCAACUGGGAUAUCCCAUGGGCUCGUCCAGCCAAAGGAAGACAUCACAGAGUGACAAUUGUAUUUUAAUUUUUCUAUCUCCGUCUUUGGCUUUUGGAUUAACAGCAUCCCCAAAAACAAUUUUUCAACUGCUUCCAUCUGAACUCGUAUCUUCUAAAGGGCACAUAAAUGUUCCUCUGCUGUUCUGUGGGGCCUCUGAUUUGAGCCAUUUGAAGACUGAAGUGUGGACGGAGCGCAGGCGCGGAGGUUGGCUGACUGAGUCAGCUCCGAUGGGGGCCGGUUGUGACCCGGUCUGACCCCGGUUUGAGCUUGCAGUGACCCCUGACUCCUCCGGUCCUGGCUCUCCACCUGCUCUGCUGCCUGGGUUCGGGAACGCUCCGCCCUGGAGCCCAGAACGAGCCAAUCAGCAUGAAGAAGAGCCGCAGCGUGCUGUCGGUAACUGGAGAAGAGGGAAAUGAUAUAGAUGUAACGGAUGCAGGGGAGAAGGCGGAGUCAUCUCGCUACAGCCGAUCAUACACGUCCGGGGCCACACUGGGGGCUGAACUGCGCAGAGGGAGAAGCAGGAGACUCUCGCCUAGUCUCCAGGUACCCUGCUGGCUUCGCCCUCGAGACCGAACUCGUUCGCCAGAAGUCCUGAGCAAUAUGUCACGUCCCACAACUCUUCCACUUCGUAUCCCACCACGCAUCUCCAUCACACAACCAGAUGCUGACAGUUAUGAAGCAGAAAACGGCGUGUCCCCGGGUCACACCCCUGUGGGCUCUCAGAGUCCAAGCCUCACCUUGCACACCUCAUUCCCCCAAGGCCAGAGAAGAGAAUCCUUCCUGUACCGCUCCGAUUCAGACUACGACAUGUCACCCAAGUCCGUCUCACGUAAUUCUUCCCUUGCCAGCGAAGGGCACACAGCAGAGGACUUCAUUGUCACACCUUUUGCUCAAGUGCUUGCCAGUCUUCGAUCAGUACGGAGCAAUUUCACCAUCCUCGCCAACGUCUCUACACAAACAAUCAAGAGGUCUCCUCUAAGUGGUGUGUGCGUCAGUCCCCGGGGGACACUAUCAGAUCAGCAGUACCAGCAGCUCGCCCUGGACACGCUGGAGGAGCUGGACUGGUGCUUGGACCAGCUGGAGACCAUUCAGACACACCGAUCUGUCAGUGAAAUGGCCUCCAACAAGUUUAAAAGGAUGCUGAACAGAGAGCUCUCUCACCUGUCAGAGAUGAGUCGCUCAGGCAACCAGGUGUCUGAAUACAUCUCCAGCACUUUUCUGGACAAGCAGAACGAGGAGGAAAUCCCAUCUCCGACUCUCAAAGACAAGCCUAUGAGUCACAUCAGUGGAGUAAGGAAACUGUCUCACAGCUCCAGCCUCUCCAGCGCUUCAAUGCCUCGUUUCGGCGUCAACACGGACCACGAGGAUGAACUUGCCAAGGAGCUGGAGGAUCUGGACAAGUGGAGUUUUAACAUAUUCAAAGUAGCAGAGUUUUCUAAUAACAGACCUCUUAGUUGCGUCAUGUACACCAUCUUCCAGGAGCGGGAGCUGUUGAAGACUUUUCGUAUUCCCGUCGACACUUUUGUUUCUUACGUGAUGACCCUGGAGGACCAUUACCAUGGAAACGUAGCCUACCACAAUAGCCUCCAUGCUGCAGAUGUAACCCAGUCCACACAUGUCCUCCUUUCCACACCUGCUCUGGAUGCUGUCUUCACAGAUUUAGAGAUCCUCGCCGCUCUGUUCGCCGCAGCUAUCCACGAUGUAGACCAUCCAGGCGUUUCCAAUCAGUUCCUCAUCAACACCAACUCAGAACUGGCUCUGAUGUAUAACGACGAGUCAGUCCUGGAGAACCAUCACCUCGCUGUUGGCUUCAAGCUGCUACAUCAGGAGCACUGCGACAUCUUCCAGAACCUGACCAAGCGCCAGCGCCAGAGUCUUCGCAAGCUCGUCAUUGAUAUGGUGUUGGCCACAGACAUGUCCAAACACAUGACUCUGUUGGCUGAUUUGAAGACCAUGGUGGAAACCAAGAAGGUGACAAGUUCUGGUGUUUUGCUCCUGGACCACUACACAGAGCGAAUACAGGUACUGAGGAACAUGGUGCACUGUGCAGACCUGAGUAAUCCCACCAAGACCCUAGCGUUGUACAGGCAGUGGACGGAGAGGAUCAUGCAGGAGUUCUUUAGACAGGGUGACAAAGAACGAGAGAGAGGGAUGGAGAUCAGUGCCAUGUGUGACAAACACACUGCGUCGGUAGAGAAGAGUCAGGUGGGUUUCAUCGACUACAUUGUCCACCCGCUGUGGGAGACGUGGGCUGACCUAGUGCAUCCAGACGCCCAGGAGCUGCUGGACACCUUGGAAGAGAACAGGGAAUGGUAUCUGAACACCAUGCCCCAGUCUCCUUCUCCUCCUCCUGACAGACACCUCCAGCACGACCGCUUCCAGUUCGAACUCACCCUUGAAGACCUGGAGCACAACAACCACAACCAUGUGCACCUGAGGAGCAGCAGCAUCCAGAAAGCCAUCUGUGAUGACAGCAAUGCAGACGGAAUGCAGGAUGGACAGGUGGAAGCGAACAGAGAGGAGCAGAACCAUGUCAUAACUGAGAAGGACAACACGGAGAAUCACAGCAGCGAACAGAAUGGAGUCCAGGAUGAGGACGAGGAGGAGACUGGAGAUGGGGAGGCAGAGGAAACAGAAGAGGUGGAGGAGGAUGAGCAGGUUGAGGAGGAUGAGCAAGUUGAGGAGGAUGAGCAGAUUCAGGAAGAUGAGCAAGUUCUGGAGGAUGAGCAAGUUCCGGAGGAUGAGCAAGUUCCGGAGGAUGAGCAAGUUUUGGAGGAUGAGCAGGUUGAGGAGGAUGAGCAGGUUGAGGAGGAUGAGCAGGUUCUGGAGGAUGAGCAUGUUGAGGAGGAUGAGCAGAUUCAGGAAGAUGAGCAAGUUCUGGAGGAUGAGCAAGUUCCGGAGGAUGAGCAAGUUCCGGAGGAUGAGCAAGUUUUGGAGGAUGAGCAGGUUGAGGAGGAUGAGCAGGUUGAGGAGGAUGAGCAGGUUCUGGAGGAUGAGCAUGUUGAGGAGGAUGAGCAGAUUCAGGAAGAUGAGCAAGUUCUGGAGGAUGAGCAAGUUCCGGAGGAUGAGCAAGUUUUGGAGGAUGAGCAUGUUCAGGAAGAUGAGCAAGUUGAGGAGGAUGAGCAAGUUGAGGAGGAUGAGCAGGUUGAGGAGGAUGAGCAGGUUCAGGAAGAUGAGCAAGUUUUGGAGGAUGAGCAGAUUCUGGAUGAGCAAGGAGAAGCAGAAGAAAAAGCAGAGGCAGCAGAAGUGAUAGAUGCAGCACAAGAUGAAGAGACACAGGGUGAUGAGGAAGAAGAAGAAGAAAAUAUUGAAGAAGAGGAAGAUAAGGAAGGGGAAGAUGAUGAGAUAGGAGGUGAAGAUAGUGGAGUAAAUAAGGAAGAAGACAGUCAGGACAAUUUAGAAGAGACAGACGGGGAGGUAGAUGGAGGAAAUCAACUGGAAGAGGAGAUUGAAAAUGAACAAGCAGAAAUAAAUGAAGAAAGAGAGGAGGAUGUGGAUGAAAAAGAGGAUGAAGGAGAAGAGGAAGCUGAGACGGAGGAGAUAGUAGAAGAACAUGAGACAGAAGUGGAGGAUAAAGCUGAAGAGGAGGAGCAAGGUGAAACAGAGGAUAAUGUGGAGGAGGAAGAAGCACCCCAGGAUGUUGAGGAGGAUUAAGCAAAAGAAGAAGAGGAAAGUUAGUCCACUCAGAAAAUUAACAGGGUCAGCGAGGAAAAUGAUCAUGAAAGAUGCAGUAAUAAGGGCUAGAGAGUCUCUAAGAGGCAGCAGUAUGGAUGUAAAGAUAUAAGAGCUGAAUAUUAAAAAGGGAUAAAGAGCUGAAGAUGCUCUUCUUUCCAGAUAAUGUGGUCUCACCACUUUAUCAUGGGAAAGCCAGAUCAUGCACGACCUUCGGACGUGAGUUAAACGAGUGACAUUUAAGACCAACAGAACAGCACCAUGGAUACAAAAGCAAAACCUCACAAGAUCUUUUUGAACCGCCAGAUUGUUGCUAUGAGCCAAUAAGCCGGUAGUGACAGAGACUGGAGUCCUUUUCACUUGGUGUCUGUGCAUCUAUCACUGCCGUCUGGGAUAAACUGGGGCAAAACAAUAAAAUAACAGGGGGACCGGUUUUAUCAACCUUUUGUAGCUCCUGGAAUUUACAUAUAUAUAUAUAUAUAUAUAUAU